ACUCUCUCUCUCUCUCCCCGUCUCUCCGUGUGCCGGUUUUAUUUGUCUCACUGGUCAAUAUGUAGCACAGAUAUAUAAGAAUUUCCUCAUUUAAUCAGCCACAGAUUUUGACACUUUAUCGUCUCGUUAUGGAGAGUCGUGCAGGAGCGAACAUGCAGCAGAACGACGAGAAAAGUGUGGAGAAACUCAUGGACGAGCACCUGAGAGCGAACGGUCUCUGCCGCAAGAAGAUAGCCAAAGACGGCUCGUGUUUGUUCCGAGCCGUGGCUGAGCAGGUGCUACACUGUCAGAGUCUGCACACCAGGGUUCGGGCCGAGUGUGUGAAAUACCUCAGACAGAAACGGGACGUGUAUGAGUCGUUCAUCGAAGGUGAUUUUGAGGAAUACCUGCACACGCUUCAGGAUCCUCAGAGCUGGGUUGGACAAGUGGAAAUAAGUGCUCUGGCUGUUCUUUAUAAGCAUGAUUUCAUGAUUUACCAGCGGCCCGGCGAGCCUCCAGUGAACAUCACAGAGAACGGUUACCCUAAUAAGGUGUUGCUCUGCUUCCUGAACGGGAACCAUUACGACAGUGUUUACCCAAUACCUACUGUCAAAAAUGCUGCCUUGUGCCAGUCGAUCCUGUACGAGAUGCUGUACGAGCGUGUGUAUGGGGUGGACCAGAGUGUGUUAACGUCAAGCCUGAAGACAUCCAAAACAAAGAAUGAGACUGUGGAGACAGAGCAGUGUGAGAGCAGCGGGGACUCUGACCUGAACGACGGAGAUGAUUUCUGGUCCAGUGAAGCUACAGGCAGGAUGGCUGGUGUUAACAACAGGACAGCUUACAAGGGCCGUGGGCGUGGCCAAGCCAGAGGAGUAGGGCGUGGCUCACUGCAUCGUAAGGUGCAGGAAUCCCUGAACCCCGCCCUUUACAGGAACGUGGAGUAUGACGUGUGGAUGCGCUCAAAACGAGUUCAGCAGAGGAGGGAUUUCUGCAUGGCAGCCGGGAUGCAUUACAAGGCUGGAGACAAGUGUCAGGUACGAUUGAACACUACUGAUCGAUUCUACGGUGCCUACAUUCAGGACGUCAGCCCUGAUGACGGACCCGUCACUGUCUUCAUCGAGGAACUUGGAGAGAAACACACUGUUCCCCUCUGGAAUCUCCGCUCUUCUUCAGAAGAUUCCUGGUCCAAGGUGACGGAGAAAAGCAAAAAACAAACUACAUCCAGCAACAACGGGCCCACAGAGCACGAGACCAGACCUGGAAGGAAGCCCAUGAGGUCAGUUUCACAUGGUCCUACUGCAUCCUCAGGCUCCGCCCCUGGCAACCGCAUACAGCAUCAGCAUUCUUGGCCUCCGAAGAUCAGUGCAGAGCCUCAAUCGAUAGAAAAGAACGAUAGCAGCAGGAGGAGUGAUCAGGGCACAGGUAGUACGUGUGUGUCACCUGUAGAGAAAGAUGAACACGCACUGCUGGAGAUCCUGAACAAAGACGAGGAGAAUUUCCCGACACUCGAAGCCAGCUCACAGGCUGCUAGUGCUGAGAGGAGUCGAAGAGCUGAGAAGAAAGGCUCACGGAAGAAAGCUCCUGCAGAUACCAAAGAGCAAUCUCUGAACCCUGUUCCCAAAGAAGAAAGAGGAAAACAGUCAACAAAGAAAGCGUCAGUGGACGAAGACCAAAGAAUAACUCCUCCUCCCAAAGAGGAUCUUAACCCUUCACCUGCUAGUACCUUAUCUGCCCCUUCAGCUUCAAAGUCCUCAAAAGCCGCCCCUUCAUCCACAGCACCCGCACGAGUUCCCUACAAAACAUCAUCUUUGUCUGCUCGCAUUUAUUCCGUUAAUUCUAAGUCUGAUUCUGGUUUAUCUACAAAAUCCACAGAUUCUUUACAGACUACCCCUGUACAGUCUCCAACUGGCCCUGCACCAUCUUUAAGACCGGGGGCUUCUUUACAGACUACCCCUGUACAGUCUCCAACUGGCCCUGCACCAUCUUUAAGACCGGGGGCUUCUUUACAGACUGCCCCCAUUCAGUAUCAAACUGCUCAUGCUCCAUCUUCAACACCCACAGUUGAAGCUCAAGCUGCCCUUGACACCUCUAAAGUGAUCCCAUUAUCUUCUAAGACUACCCUCGCUCAACCACAAACUCUCCCUUCUCUUGUCACAACUAUAUCUUCCCCAGUAUCCUCUCAGUGUACUCCAACUCUUUGUUUAACUGUCCCCAAACCCAUCGCCGUGACGACUAAUUCAUUUCCCCAGAACACUUCUCAAACAAUUCAAUCCCAAGUCUCAGAUCUGACUGCCACAAUAACUACCCCUGUGCCCCUGGACCAUGUUCCAGAACCUACCACCACUACUACUAUUCUUUCCCAAACGACCACGAUACCCUUAUCUCCAGACAAACCUCCCCCGAUCACCGUAUCUACUCAAUUAUUUACCCCUUCCUCCUCUCAAACUGCUCCUGCACCCACUCAUGCCUUUUCCCAAACUACGUCAGCAGCCAGUCCUGUCUCUGUCCCAUCUCAGAUUACUUCUGCUGCUGAAGUCCCCGUUUCAACAGAUCUUUCUGCUGCCUCAAAAUCGCAACCUUAUUCAGCUGGUGUACCCAUUCCUGUUCAUGCCCCCCAUUCUAUUACUCCUCCUGCUCUACCAACCCCUUUUCCUGCCCCCUCUUACCCUGUUGGGUUUGGUACUCCUCUGCCUUAUCCACCAUACCCCCCAUAUCCUGCGUGUGUGCCAUCUUUAUCUCCAAAAGCAUCCGCUCCCAUGACAGAUCCCUGUCUUCCUCCUGCCAUCCCAACUCCACCUUUCUCUCAUUCUGCCGAUUCCUACCUGUACGAACCUGCAGUCCCAACCGCUACAGCAGGCGCUGGAAGUGCCUUGUUGCCCGAUGCCCCACCACAGCACUCCGUCACACUCGCGCAGCUCUGCCAAGACAUGCUUUACCCCGGUUUUCCUCAGAACGAACACGACGAAUAUGUUCAGCUCCCGUCGUUUUCCCAGCACAGGAGCGGAAAAGACCUGCCAACAGACACAAGGGUCCUUAGAUUCUUCUUUAACCUUGGACUUAAGGCCUACUUGUAUCAGAUGUUGCCCCCAGUUACCUACCUGGCACCACUGGUUCAAGCCUACCACCACAUGCAGCUUAAAGUCUCUCCUUCUCCUGUAUCCUGGCAACCAGACACCAACUCUAGACCAAUUUUUUCCUCCCCCAACCCUUCCCUAGCUAUGAGCGCCCCUGUCAGUCAUUUUGAAGUAAGGGGUGUGGUUCGGACCCCUUCUCCAAUGGAAGGUGGGGUGUUCAGCCAUCCUUCACUGCCUCUGCAGAUGCCGUUGCCUCUUGCCUCCCAUCCCAAUGUAUAUGCAGGUAUGUGUCCAGUUACCCCCACUUGUCCACCACUACAGUAUUCUGCCCUUCCACCCUCUAUAGGGCCUCAGCAUCUCCCUGUAUCCCCUCCCCAACAAUAUAGUAUGGAUAACCCCAUGACAACAGCGGCACCAAUAACGGAAGGAGCUCAGGGGGAUCGAAGGUCUUUGACUCCACAAGCAGAAAAAACAUUUUGGGCCGGUCAACAACAUUCGGAGGGUAGAGACGUCAAGCGAGGGGCUGUCCCUGUUACCAUGGAGAUACAGCACAGUAGUGGUCCUCAAGCAGGUGUGAGUGGAGGGGAGCUAAGUAAAGGGCCAAAUUCUGUGACGCUGGCCAAUGGGAACAGACAAGCAAAGGGAGGAGGUUUCUCAGGAUCUUCGCUGGAAAAUUGUGAGCGAGAGCAGGAGGAGUUCAGUGACACAGACGUCAUAACAAGGCAGAGCUACCAAAGUCAGUCGUACAAAUCCGGAAAUAGGCGUGGCCAGGAUGACAGAGGAGGGUUCAGGGGGCGUGGCUCACGUGGAAGAAGAGAGAUAGGAUUGGUGAGACAUGACGGGCAAUUGCCUUACCACAGAGGGUCCGGUGGCAGGAACAGAGGACGAGGCUACAAUAAUACCAGAGUGACAGGAUACACAAGCAGGCAGUUGACACCUGCACCUGAAAGCUGACAAUCGCUCGUUUCCUUUGCUAUCAGUUCUCUCGGAUUCGGGAACCUGUUCAUUUUUAAAACUUUCUUUUACUAAUUUAAAAUUAUUUCUCCACUUCGUCUUCCCAGACCGGCACGUCCACGCUGUAUCGAUAUGUUUCAGUUUAUAUUAAAGGUAAUAAAAGCUUGAACCUGUACGAGAUUUUUCUCCAAGUGGGGAGAAAAAUAUUUAGGAGGACGCUAAAUAUGCACCUUUAUCUCUCAGCUGAACGUCACUGACUUCGCACUGUACGUUUAUCUCACUGAGGAUUUGUAAUGAUCGAAGCUGCACGUGAAAUCUCGCUUAUGAGCUUUUGUUUACUGUUUGUUUCAGCCUUAUAGGUGAGUUCAUGGGCUAUUUCGAUCAGUCGUGUAAAAGGAAAUUAGCAUAACUCCAAGAUCCUGCUUUUAAAAACAGAUUUAUACUGUUGGUUUUGUGUCAAAUGACCCCUUUCACGACAACAAUUUGCCGCCUCCAAAUGUUGUCCAUCGACUAAUCCAAGAUCCCGCAUUGUUUAUUUGAAGAAAAGCAUUUUAUGCUAAAUUCCCUCUGUAACCAUAAAAACCCAGUAUCCGCUUACUAACUGGUCUAAAUAGCUCUUUAGAUUAGAUUUAUUAUUAUCAGUGAUGCACAUGUAAUAAGGUUUGAUGUAACUUGGGUGAUGAAGCAGUUGUUGGUCUUCACUGUAGUUUAGGAUGCAGGAGAAUAUGAGCUGCUGUGUUAAGCCACGGUUAUAGACGUCUCACGUACCGGUCGAUACAAUCGUACACGUUACGCUUAUGUGAAAUAUUUUCAUUUCCUGUAUCUUCAAACAUGAACUAAACCGAACCGUGUAACCGAACACUGGAACGUUACGAGGGCCGUCGUCUGGAACAACCAGCUUCACGCCUUCUAAAGACGUUUUGUCUAAAUCUGUUCUUUCGCCCGAAUGUCCAGGACAUCCUGAACGGAGUUUACGUGUUUCCAAUUUGUAUUUGCGAGUGAAUUUUAACGCUAUUGUCUGUACACUGUAGUAAUCUGUCACCUUACGAUGCACUUUUGUUUCUGAGCCUGUCGGACUUCAGGAAACACGGAUCUGUGUGAUGAUGCUGAGGUCUGAAUUAAAGCCUGACGACAGCAUCUCUCUCUCUCUCUCUCUCAUAUCUGCUGAAAGUGUGAUGUUUGGUCAGUUCUCGUGUAGUGCCUUAGACUUUAUUUGAGGAGUUCCUCAGUUCUCGUUCGUUUGUUAAUGCACUUGUGACGUCGUGUGCCUUCGAAACAAUGUGUUUGAGCGUUUUUUUUUUUUUUAAAUCGAGUGCCUAUUUAUCACAACCAAAGAUGCAACUGGAUGCAAUUUUGAUACAAAACAUUAAUAAAGAGAUAUCUGCUUUUCUCAGAGG